AUGGAGGCCGCCAAGAUCGUCACCACCUUGCUGCUGAAUCUUGCCUUGUUCUCGCCAUGUCUCUCUGCCACCACCUCCACGUUCAAUCCAAUCGAGAUCGACUUGAUCCAUCGUGACUAUCACUACACCCGCUUCGCCGACGUCGACCGGCACUGCCAGUCCGUGCUCUCAUCAGGCGUGGAGCUCAAGGCUGAUGCCGACCGUGGCAGCAGACUGACGUACCAGCUAUCCUUCGAGAACGGCAACUGGAGCCAAGACGCCGGCCAAGCUCCCCUGCUUCCGUUCCACGGGAGCUAUGCCGAUCCGGCGGUGGCGGCCGGUCCUGAUGACCUGCCUGAAGCGGUCCCCCUGGCAUCCUUCAGGCUCACGCACAUGGAGACGGUUCCACGGCGAGGUGCACGAGCCGCCUUCAACGUCAGCGGCGUCCUUACUCUCAGCAUCGCCCGCGACCCCGGCUGCAGCUGGGAGCUCAUGGAAAUGGAACCGAGCCCGUCGCCGCCAGAGUUCGAGCUCCGGCCGGGGAUCGCCAGGCUCCAUCUAGUGUUCCAAGGCGUGUAUACCGAGACAAGGUCGUCGCCGGGGAGCGGUCCCCGUGACCGUGACGACGGCGGUGGCGAGAGGGUACUGUGUAUGGUCGGGGACGCUCUUCUCCCCGUGCGCGGAAGCAACAGCACGGACCCGUGGGACUGGGCCAAGAAUGAUGGCGCUGGCACCAACUUGGAGCCGCCGGUCCUGUCUGACGGCAAACAUUCUGCUCGUGCUACGUCCCAGCUCUCCGGCGGCUACGGGUACGGCUACGACCCCGGUUACCAAUUCCGGCAAGAAGACGACACGGAGUCGUCUUCUGAUGUCGCAUGGCGCAGCAAGGACGACUCUCCCUUCCAUGAAGGCGACGCCGCCAUGGAGCAGCACCACCUGAACAGUGGCCAAUCUCUCUGCGACUUCAUACACGAAUCCAGUUUCGGCAGCCAGGUGAUGGAAGUCGUUCCAAACUGGAAUUGCAAGGGGACUGAUGAUGAGUUCUGCAGCCGGCUGGGGCCCUUCGUGUCCAGGCCCCCGGCCACAGGCAGAGCUAUGGAGGAGGACAUGGCGUUCACCCGUUCUGUCAUCGCGGCGACCACGGGCUUCCAGUGCAAGCCGUUGGGCGGCAAGGACAGACGUGCAGCAGCAAGGGUGGCAGCCGUGUUCCGCUACGUGCCGCCGUGGGAGCAUCAGCCCACUGCGGAAAAGAGGACCGGCAUGACCUUGUCGGCCGAGGGCGUCUGGAUCCCGUCUAUGGGGCGGGUUUGCAUGGUGGGCUGCCUAGGCGUUGGCGUCGCCAAGGAAGCAUGCGGCUACCGCGUGAGUCUCUCCGUCCGGACGACGAUGUCGAUGAGUCGCCGCGGCAUCAUCGCCGGACAGAUCACCGCCAUGGACGGGACGAGCCACCCUCCGCUCAUGUUCCAGCAACGCGUAGACCCCCGGAUUGGUGGCUACAGGCCGUUGCAGCGGCGCAUGUCGUACUCCUACACCAAGGUCCAACAGGCUCGGGAGCUCCUCCUUCAACUCCGAGCGAGCCAACCAGCGGGAUUUCGCAACAGCUUCAUUGCCAGGUCACUACUCAGCUAUCCAAGUAUCGCUGCUGGUGCUGGUGCCAAUGAUGAAAUGGGCGUGUACAACCCAGAGGAUGGGCGAAUGUACCUGAUCGGCUGCCGGAACGUCCACGCCCCACGGCGAGUCUUGGCGGCGAUCAGAGACCUUGAAGACCGAAAGGACUGCUCCAUAGAGGUGACGGUGGAGUACCCACCGACGACAACGCGGUGGCUCAUCAGCCGGAAGGCAAAGGUCUUCAUCGCCAGCACGAGGGAUGACGACGACCCACUACACUUCAACAGGACCGAGCUCCACACGCUGCCCGUCAUAUACCGGGACCAGCAGCGGCACGAGCUGACGGAGCCGAUCGUGGAGGGGCUCCUCUGCGUCACCAUGCUGUCGGCCACCAUCGCCGCCACCAUCAGCCAGCGGCGUUACAUCAAGUCCCACGCCGACGUCGUGCCGUACAUCUCCCUCGCCAUGCUCGGCGUCCAGGCUCUCGGCUACACCGUGACGCUGAGGUACCGACCCUACGCCUACCAUAUGGGUUGGAACAUUCUGGACUGCUCCGUCAAAGCGCUCACCCUCGCGGCGCUUGCCGUCACGGCGUGGCUCGCUCAGAAGGUGUGGCGGUCGAGGGCCCGGGCGCGGGCGCGGGCGCCGCUCGAGCCGGAUCGAGUACCCGACGACACCGUGGUGCUCCUGUACAGCUUCGGUAUGCACUUGAGCACCCUCUUGUUCGCCGUCGCCGUGCACUGGCUGUGCACCUACGGCACGUCGGCGACGACUCUGUCGCGCAGGGCGGUCUACGGUGAAGCGCAGUGGAGGUCGUCGUCGCAUAUGCGCACACGCGGCGCCAUCAUGGAGCGGUAUGUCGGUGUGGUGAAGGAGUGGUUUUUGCUCCCGCAGGUUCAGUCCAAUACAAAUCAGCACGUGUUGAGAGAUGGUGCCGGGUUCUUCUAUAUUGACGUGGUUGUCAUUGUCAAUCUUGGAUGGCUUGUGGGUGCCUUCUCUGUCACCUAUAGCAAUCUUGGUUCGAGUUGUUUUGUGCGCUCUUCCUUUGGAGAAAAGUACGUUCGAGUUGUUUUAUCCUGCCUGAGAGUGCAUUACGGCUUUGAAUAUACUAGGCCCUCAGAUCCUUCCCGACUUGUUCCUGAUGUCGAGUUGCCUGAGGAGGUCAUUCUUGAACGCCUGGGGCGUAUUCUGGGUGGGGUCUCUGUGAUGCCUGUUCGUGUUGAAGAGUAUGAUGCUGCUCAUCCUCCUCCUGAGAGCUUUACAAUUGCCAAGUUCAACUACUUUAUGGGGCCGAUAGAGGAGAAGGUUCCUAAGGCCCUUGAAUGGUUAGAUGAGAAUCGUUCAUAUGUGGCAGUAGAAGCAAAUUCAGUGAAGACUGUAAACAUAAUAAACCCAGCUAUUGCCAAUGAUUUGAAUGCUAAAACCAAGACUAUCGAAGGCCAUGAGCUAUUAAUAUGUGGGUUUGAGAAAGCUAAAGUAACUAUGAAUAGAUUCAGGCAUGCAAUCAAUGCAACUUGGAGCAAAACACGUGUAGUUGUAGGGAUUAUCAAAAGUGCAAGUGCAAGUGCUAGUGCUAGUGCAACUAGUAUUGGAAGGGGAAGGGGAAGGGGAAGUGGAAGGGGGUCAGGAGAGGACAACAAUAACCCAAUGUGGUACUGGUACCAAAAGUGGAAGAGGAAGGGAAAGAGGGUCAGCAACAGGGAGAGAGUCAGGACAGGACAACAAUGA